GGAGGGACGGGCAGCCACACCGGGAGGAGGUUACCGACCAGAGACUCUCAUCUGACAGAAUCACGGAAGUGUCAACCAAACUCACCUCCAGCGGGAAUAAAAGAAACUAUUCUACUUUAUUUGUUUGAAGAAACAUCUUAACGAUCAGUACGAGGAGGAGGUGAAGUGAGUUUCUGUCGGGACUGGACGGUAUGACUGCGGACAGAGAGGAACAGGAAGACGAACUGCUCGCUCUCCACAGUAUCUUUGAUUCGGAUGAAUUCGUCCGGGAUGAGUCGAAGUUUGCCGGAGAAAUCCGAGUGUCUGUCGAGCUGCCGGGAGACUUCACGGUGGUUUUAAAAGAAGGUGAAACACUGAGGCAGUAUGAGAUAUCAUACCUCCCUCCUCUGUGCCUGACCUUUGAACUUCCUGAGGACUACCCAUCCUCCUCCCCUCCCUCUUUCUCCCUCACCUGCAGCUGGCUGACACACACACAGAUCCCUUCAUUAACUGCUCAGCUCAUCGAUCUCUAUCAGGCCACUGGGGGCGCUGUGGUGCUCUUCACCUGGAUACAGUUUCUUAAAGAGGAUGCACUCAAGUUCCUGGACGUCCACUCUCUGCUGGAGCUUCCAUCACACGAGCAAAGCAUCGCACAGGACCUCUCUGCAACAUCCUCCAGAGCUGAGCGUCCAACAGGGAACUUUGCUGAAAGUCUAAAUCCUUCAACAUUAGACAAGAGCAGCAAAGAUUGUCAGGUAGCUGAGGAAUCAGGACAAAAUAACUCAACAUCACACCUCAGCAAAGUCAGGCAGACUGAUCUAAACUCAGACUCUAAUGAGGAGCCUCUGAUCCAAAACACUUUAACUGAUUCUGAUAAAGAUUCCUCUGAUGACAGGGAGGCUGACCAGACAUCUGAAAACUCAGAAUUUAAGGCGGUCUCAGAGCAUCUUCCAUUUGCUCAGUCUGAUCAAAGUAACCAGGAAGACAUCUUCACUGGAGGCGAUUCUUCAGCCUCAUCAUUUCCCUCUUCUAGCUCUCCACACCCACUGGAUCAAACUGGACAAACCCCCUCUGGUCUCUCCCUGACUCCAUCACAAGCCCUCCUGUCCCAGCUCUUGAUCUACAACGCCACCCAGAAACAGAAAGAGUUUUCCACCACCGUCUUUGACUGUGAUAUCUGUUUCGUUGGCUGGCUCGGUUCAGAGUGUGUUCAGCUUCUCGAGUGUGACCACAUCUUCUGCCGGGGCUGUCUCAGCGAGUUCUGUAAGCUCCAGAUAACUGAGGGGAACGUCCGUGGUGUCACCUGUCCUAAUGCAGACUGUCCUGCAACCCCUACACCUGCACAGGUGAAGAGUUUGGUCGGGGAGGAGCUGUUCAGCCGUUAUGAUCGUCUCCUGCUGCAGAAGACUCUGGACUCCAUGUCUGAUGUGACGUACUGUCCUCGGCGUACCUGUGCCGCAGCCGUCAUUCUGGAGAAGUCCAGCAGGGCGGCGGUGUGCUCUGUUUGCAAAUAUGCCUUCUGUGUCGCCUGCAGAAAGACCUAUCAUGGAACGAAGAACUGUCAGGAGCAGAGGAACACAAAGACAGAAGAAACACAUCACCUUAACACACCCCUGCCACACUCAAUAGAGGGAUUGAAGGCUCUGUGGAAGGACUAUGCCACUGGCAGUAAGCAGAGGAAGAAGCUCCUGGAGAGCAGAUAUGGCCGCAGCAGAUUGCUCUUCACUCUGGAGGAGGGUCUGAGUGAGCAGUGGAUCUGUGGCAAUAGCAAGAACUGCCCUCACUGCUUCUGCAAGAUAGAGAAGCAAGGCGGAUGUAACAUGAUGACGUGCUCUCAGUGUGGGCAGAGGUUCUGCUGGGUCUGCCUCGCCAGACUGCAGAGUAUUGGUUCACACUACAGUGAAAGUCCCGAUUGUAGUAUUCUACUAUAAUCCUUCUGCUUUUUCCACCAGCCACACAGGGAAUGAUUGUUCAAAAUGUUUACUUAUUUCGCUGUUUUCAGAUUUGUUUGGCCUUGAAGUGCACUUUUACCAAAACACUCUACUUCACAGCAGAUAACAAGAAACCAUGGAAUAAAACACCUCAACACUAUGGACAUAAAAAAGUAGUUUUGCUAUUGUUUUUUUACAGACAAGCAAACUAAAAUAUGUUUUAAACAAUGGAUGCGUUUCAUUAUGAGUGAUUUUCUAAUGGGACCUUGCAGUCAGCCACCCAAGUUGUCAUAAUGUUUUGUGACCAGCAGAGGGUGCUAAACAACAAGAAUGAGAAAACAGCUUGGUCACGCUCUCCUGUAGCUCAGUUUGGUUUUUAAUAAGAAAUACACUUUGCAUCAAACGGCUUUAUCGUUCACAAUUUAAUAAUCGUGACAUAAAAAUGAAAUGUGUGUGUGAGAUGCAUGUUUGCAGCUUUGGAUGCAGAUGAAUAAUCUAGGACAGAAAACAACCUUAUUGUGCCUUUUUUUUUUCUUCAAACCAAGUCAAAGUGUUCAUGUUAAAGCUUCUCGUUCCCUCUUGGUGUUAUGAGGGUUUCUGAAGGAGCUGUUUUAAUAUUUUAAUACUCAACCUAUGUAUUUGAUUGAUUGGUUAAUCCUUUGCUAUGUAAAACCUGGAAAUAGUUCUCAAAAUUGUUGGGUUGUCUUCAAAAGGCUUGUUUUUUCAAGCAAACGUUUUGAAACAAAAACAUCCCUUGAUAACGCUAAAAAAGAAACCUGAGUAUGUUGCAAAAAUACUCAAAGAAAUAAGGACAAGAAUACAUUAAAAAACACCACUUAAACAUGUAAAGGACAAGAUCAGCAAAGAGAUAAAUUGUACAGCUUUGUCCAUAGGGGGGCGCCAAAAUCAUCACAAACCUUAAGUUCCUUACAGGAGCUUUAAGAGAUUAAAUGUCGCAGUAGCCGUACGCAGAAAGUCGCUGUAUCUUUAAACGUGCUUCGAUGUCGAUACAUUUAUAAAAGAUGAUUUUUAAUAUGUAAUUCACAAUUUACUUGCCCUUCAAGAAUUAAGAAGUGCAAUAGUUUCCUACAGUACUGAUAUUAUUUAGAAAGCUAUGAGACAAUAUUUGGCUGUAAAGUUAAAUGACUGUAUUGUGAAUACAUUGUAAAGACGACCAUAUUCAUUAAACUCCUUUGGGGACUGUAACCAUG